CUUUUUCCUUUCCAUAACGAUAAUAGUGAUUUUGUAAUUCAUUCUUGUGAUCAAUCAAGCAAAUUGUGACGAAUCUAAUACAAUUUCGAGUUCUUCUACCGCACAUUGGAGAAUGCAGUGUUUUGAUCAAAUUUUAUGGAAAGAAAAUCAGCACUGGAACCAUUGAAUUAUUUAAUUUAUCUAUCACACGCUCUUUGAAAAUCAUUAUUAUGUAUUACUCAUUUCUUUUAUUAAGUGCCUUUGCCUACUCGCUUCCAACAUUUACUCAGGAAGUUUUAAACCAGCAACAAUGCAGAUGUGGUGUUGGGCCGAACAGUACAAGAAAGAAAAGAUUAAUUGGUGGAGAAAGAGCAGAUAAAAGUAGUUUUCCAUGGUUUGCCAAUAUCUUUUAUUAUUAUGAAUACAGAUGUGGAGGCACAAUUAUUAAUGAUCUAUACAUCAUUACAGCAGGCCAUUGCAUCCUAAAUGACACAAAAUCUAUGUUUGUCAUUGUUGGUAACUUGGAAAUCAUACCAGGAAAUUGCACCAACCAGCUGAGUGUACGUGAUACAAUCCUGCAUCCACACUAUCAAGGUGACAGCCACCAUGAUAUCUAUGAUAUAGGUUUGUUGCGUCUUACCAAGAGAUUGAACUUCAUUCCUGGAAAGGUGUGGCCUGUUUGUCUGCCAAGCCAUGGAACUAUUUUGUCAAAUAUGUAUGGAACAAUCGUAGCCAGCGAAUGGAGAUUUAUUAGAAACUAUAAAGUUGGAUUAGUCAAAAAAGGCACUGUCACAAUAAUACAUGCGAUGACCUGUCAAAAGUCUGGUACUGCAAGAUUUAUCACAACAAGUUACAGCCAAAUAAUAUGUGCAAGGGGAUAUAAGGAUGAUGCUUGUCAGGGUGACAGUGGAGGACCUCUUCUGAUAAACGGAAGAAAGCAGGCCAUUCUAGCAGGUAUAAUAUCUUGGGGUGUAAACUGUGCGAACCAAAAUUAUCCAGGCAUCUACACUAACGUGAAGUACUUCUUACCAUGGAUUAUGAAUCAUACGACAGAUGCGAAUUACUGUAAUUAAUUUAUUCGUUCUAGUCUGGUACAAAGUUAAUAAAUUUGAGAUUUGCAAAUAAUGAUAGUGGUGUCACUUGUAAUCUCCACCUUCCAGAUUUAAAUUUCAAAUUUUUCACAAGUGAAAUAUUUAUGUACAGCAUAAAACCUUUAUGUAUAAUUCCA